AUGUACAAAGAAAAACCCGCAGAGAAAAGGAUAAACACCGAGCUGGUGAGAUAUGUUGUCAGCACAGCGGCUGUUUCGCUCGGAAUGUCUUUCGGCGCAUACUCCCCUGCAGCCCUGAUGAACAUGCACUCUUCCCGUCUUUUUAUGACUGCGCAGGAAACAUUCGAAAAGUGGAAGUACUCGGGGCUGGACGCGGUGCAGACAGCUGCAUCUGCUAGUAGCAUGCUGGCGUCUUGCUCUGUCCUUUUGGCCGGAAAGACACGGGUCUCGAAUUUUUUGGAGUGCACACACCUUGCCGUGGAGGCAGCAAACAGAAUCGAGCAGUGCGUGCGCGUGUGGCGAAUAUUUAGAAGAACGCCCAGCGAGAGAAAAAAGACCAUUUUGAGCAUGCACAGGAAAGCUGUGGCGUGCAUGGCGAUCUCUUUGGUGGAGCUUAUUUCGUUCUCUCUGGGGGUGUGGCCUAUUUACUUGGCAGUGAACAUUUUGAAGGCGGCGCACUUCCUGCUGGACGCGUAUGACGGGAGCGAGUGUUUCCAGGCAAGGAAAGUGUAUGAUGCAAUCAAGUCGUGCGUUGCAUAG